AUGACGAAGCGCAACCUCAUCGUUGUUUCGAACCGUCUCCCUCUGUCACUGAAAAAGGUCGACGGGGGAUACGAAUCCUCCCUUUCCAGUGGAGGUCUAGUCACAUCCCUAUCAGGAUUGACUAAAACGACUACCUUCAGUUGGUUCGGAUGGCCAGGUAUCGACGUGGCCGAUGAAAAGGAACAGGGACAAAUUCGCCAGAGCUUGGAUGAGCAUAACGCUGUGCCGAUUUUCUUGGAUAAUGAGUUGGCGAAUAAGCACUAUAAUAACUUUUCUAAUGCCAUCCUCUGGCCUAUCCUGCAUUACCAAUCCGGCAUCAAUUUUGAAGACGGUCCUUGGGAAGCAUACCAACGCGUGAACGAGAUCUUUGCCGAUACGAUCGCCGAGGCAGCCAAGCCGGGGUCGUUGAUCUGGGUGCACGAUUAUCAUCUUAUGCUGCUGCCGCGGCUGUUGAGGGAUCGUCUGGCGGGGAAGAAUUGCGCGAUUGGGUUCUCGCUGCAUACGCCGUUCCCGGCGGGAGACUUUUGGCGCGGUCUGCCGGUGCAGAAGGAGUUGUUGAGGGGGUUGCUGGCGAGUGAUGUAAUUGGGUUUCAUACGGAUGAGUAUAAGAGGAAUUUUGUGCUUUGCGCGGAGACUCUGGCCGAUGCGAAGGUGAAAGAGUCAGGGACGUUGGAGUACGAAGGGCAUGAGGUAGUUGCGGAAAAGUUCAUUGUCGGCAUCGAUCCGCAGAAAUUUACGGAUGCGCUGCAGAAUGAGGAAGUGCAGAAUCGCAUAAGGGAGUUGCAGCGCAGGUAUAUGGGGAUGAAGGUUAUUGUUGGGGUGGAUCGACUGGAUUAUAUCAAGGGGCUUGACCAGAAGUUGAAGGGCUAUGAUGCUUUCUUGGAUCAGUAUCCGGAGUUGAGCAAUAAGGUGGUGCUUAUCCAGGUGGCGGUGCCUAGUCGGGAGGAUGUGAAGGAGUAUCAGGAUCUAGAGACGGAAUUGAGUACGAUGGCUGGGAGGAUUAACGGCAAGCAUUCAACCGCCGAUGGCUGUCCGCUGAUCUACAUGCACCGGUCUGUCAACUUCAGCGAAUUGACGGCGCUGUACUCGGUUGCCGAUGCCUGCUUACUGACCUCGACGCGGGAUGGGAUGAACCUUGUUUCGUUCGAGUACGUUGCGUGCCAGGCGCAGCGGCAUGGAGUGCUCCUGCUGUCCGAGUUUGCCGGCGCGGCAUCUUUCAUGAAGGAGGGAUGUCUUACUUUCCAUCCGGCGAAUAUGUCAGAGAUGGUUGAUGCGAUUCAUCAAGCGGUCACGAUGAAUGACGAGGAACGCAAGAGUCGAUAUGAAACGUUGCGGCAUUUUAUCGAGACGAACACUAGUGCGAAAUGGGGCGAGUCUUUCAUCGAGACAUUGACCAAGCAUGUGGACGGCGGGAAUUGAGCCUGACAUGGAUGGUGUCAGAUACAAACCGUUGAAAUUGCACACGGCACGUUGAGGACCUUCCCGUGUUAUCCGGAUAAUGGCAGGGCUAGAAGAUAAUUAACAUGUAGUGGAUAGCACAAGAUCACAAAUUGAGAAGACCAUAGACAUGGCAUGAUUCCAACAGC